AUGUUGACCAUGGAAACGGACCUCAAAGGAGGUAGCCUGCACGCGAAUAUGCCGCCGCAUCAUGGGAUACAAAAUUAUGGUUCUCUUAGUGCCCUCGGCCAAGCGCCAAUGCAUAGUUUAACACAGCAUCCCCAUCAAAUCCAUCACCAACCUCAAGCCCCCCAAAUUCAUCAUCAGCAUCAACCCCAAAAUCACCAUCAGGCCCAUCAAGCGGCUCAACACCAACAACACAAUCAAACUCCAAAUAACAAUAACAAUUCUAGCAAAGCACAAAAUAUGGAACGCGUAAAGAGGCCGAUGAACGCUUUUAUGGUGUGGUCGAGGGGACAAAGAAGAAAAAUGGCUCAAGAAAACCCCAAAAUGCACAACUCUGAAAUAUCUAAACGACUUGGUGCGGAAUGGAAGUUAUUGAGUGAAUCCGAAAAGAGGCCGUUUAUUGAUGAAGCCAAGAGGUUACGCGCAGUCCAUAUGAAGGAGCACCCAGAUUAUAAGUAUAGACCACGACGCAAAACAAAAACCCUUCUUAAGAAAGACAAAUAUCCCUUAGGAGCGUCGAGUUUGCUUCCUUCCACUGACCCAUCUAGAUCGGCACCUUCAUCGGUUCAACAAGUAACGGCUAGGGACAUGUACCAGAUGCCAAACGGUUACAUGCCCAACGGGUACAUGAUGCAUGAUCCUAGCGCCUAUCAACAGCAAUACGGAGGUGCUAAUUACGCGCGGUACGACAUGGGUCAGAUGCAGCACAGUGCAUAUAUGAAUGGAGGGUACGGGGCGUACGGAACGACCACCGUUCCAAACAGUGCGGGUUCCCCUUAUGGUAUGCAGCAAGCAGGAUCAUCUCACAGCCCUUCUGGAUCAAGUAUAAAGUCUGAACCGGUGUCGCCAAGCUCAGGCCUACACACGCCGACCCCAGGCGGCAUAAAGAGAGAGUAUGCUGGACAACCACAACAAGGAGAUCUUCGCCAAAUGAUAUCAAUGUACCUGCCUACAGACGGAGGAGUUCAACACAUGCAGCAUCAAUAUAGUGCGUCGCCAGAUCCCAUGGGCCCGGGACCGUUGGCACCGUUAACACAUAUGUGAGAGCCGCUAUUCGCGGCACAAGACUUAGACGUGCCGCCUUUGUGAACUGUGUACA